AGUGAUUCCCAUCCAAGAAAUGAUAAUCCCAUUAAUUCGAAGCCUUUGAAAAAUCCUUCCCAGUAUUUUCCGCACUCGGAUUCGCAUCUUUGCAGCAGUUGAGACAAACCAUGGCAAGCUGCGGCAUGGCAUCAGCCGCGUCUGAGUUUCUGCUGACUGCUAAAAUGGUGGCCUCAAACACCACCACACCUCGGAUCAACAUCGUAAUGUUCCCUUCCAAGAAUGCCACCACCCCCGCCCGCUGCAGGCUUGUCGUAAGGGCAGCCGCCGAGGAGGCUGCGCCGCCACCACCGGCAGCCGCAGAUGCUGAAGCUCCUCCGGCUAAAGCUGCCAAGCCACCCCCCAUUGGACCCAAGAGAGGAGCCAAGGUGAGGAUUCUAAGGAAGGAGUCAUACUGGUUCAAGGGAGUUGGAUCAGUUGUGGCAGUUGAUCAGGACCCCAAGACUAGGUAUCCAGUAGUGGUGAGGUUCAACAAGGUGAACUAUGCAAAUGUAUCAACCAACAACUAUGCAUUGGAUGAGGUUGAGGAGGUGAAAUGAGGCUUAAAAUUAGACCAUCUUCUUUCUGUUGUUGUUUACCUGUCAGAUCUUGAACAGAAAUGACAAUGGUUGUAUGAUAAUAUACUCUUCUUGCAGUAACUUGAAUCAUUCCAUCAAGAAUAAUCUUAUUGGUGGGAAACUAGUUCUGAAUACACUGAAACUCUUUGGUUU